AACCAUCCACGCCUUGCCUCUUACCAGUUCUGCUUCAUCCACCCACUCCCCCACCAUGCCAGGGCAUGUUGUCCCAGCACCCCUGCAGGGGGAUCCCAUUGCUCCUUCCUCACCCAGCCAUGGCACCAGUCCAGGGGAACCCAUGGAUGUGGAAUGUCCCAUCUGCUACCAGGAGUAUAACCACUACAAUAAAUGCCCCCGGAUGUUGGAGUGUCUCCAUGUUUUUUGCACUGAAUGCCUCCAGAGGAUCCAGCUCUGCCCCACUGACACCCACAGCCCACAAGCCAUCCCUUGCCCUCUCUGCCGCCAUCUAACCCCACUGGAAAGCGGAGAUGCCCUCACCUUACCCUGCAACUCACGCAUCCUGUCCAGGCUGCCCGCUGUGGCCUUCCACCUGCCCAUGACCAUGACCUCUCAUCUGGCUACAGUUACUCAGAGAGUGGUGCUCUCCAUGGAGGGCAACAACAGGGACGCCCGCUUCAUCAUCCUGCCCACAGUCAGCCUGCAGGUGCAGCAGAUGGACCUGGAGACGUCCUACGGCGCAGCACCCGGCCUGGUGGGUGAAGAGGAGGUCAUAGAGCAGAGCAAGAAGACACUGUUUUGUGUGCAGAUCCUGGCAGUCAUCUUCUGGGUGAUGUUUGUGAUCACCUGUGUGUUUGGAGUGGUGUUUGGGCCAAAUUUCUUGAACAGGAAAUUUUAA